AUGGACGAGCCAUUUGUACAAUUAGUUAGCGACAUCAAAACAGAACUAACAUACUCGUCCUCACAAUUGUCACGACUAAAGUUAUACAACUCCGCGAAAUGGUCUGCAGAAGCGCUGUGGGGAAUGUGUGUAAUCGAGCCAACGACGAGUUUCACCGACUUUUCCAAAAUGGAUGAGUCUCCACUAAGAAACAGAUGUAACACUGAAGCUAUUGUUCCCCAGCAAUCGCCAGAGAAGGCCAGUCCAAGUAUGGAUACUUUCGAGUACAAUCAAUAUUUACUGGCGUCGACGCUCUUUGACUGCAAAGAGUUCGAUCGAUGCGCAUAUUUUUUGGCUGACAGCACCCACCCCGAACUUUUAUUUUUGAAACUGUACAGCAAGUUUCUUUCCUGGGACAAGAAAAACCAGGAAAGCGUCGAGAACAUGCUGACCGCGAAAGACGUGAAGGGCGUUCAAGGCAUUGGCAAUGUCAAUGGCGACAGCAAAGGCAGAGAAAGCAUAGAAAGGUUUCGUGAUUACGAAGCUGGCAAUAAUGGACAUCACAAAAAGUCUGCCGAUCUCGAUAAUGGCGAUUCCACCAGCGUGCCUGCGAUACUGAAGGAGCUCAAUCAGUACCUAUCAGAAAACCGAGAAAAAGAAGAAGAAGUGAGCGUGGGAUUUGCCCUAUUGUACUAUCUAAAAGGUGUGCUGUACAAAUUACAAGACAUUCCCUCGAACGCUAUCAGUUCGUUCCUAUCUUCGUUGUCGCUUUUCCCAUACAAUUGGACAUGCUGGACUGAAUUGAUUAGUUGCAUCACACGGUCAGACGAAUCUUUGCUGCUUCUAAAGGUUCUCAACGAAAAACUGACGUCGGAAAAGUCGCAGAUCAUGCUAAAAUUCUUCAAACUAUCAGUCUUUCAAGAGUUCAACGGAAAUAUUGACGAUUUCAUCCAGGAGCUGGACUACCUGCUUUUGAUCUUUCCCCGGUUUGCAUUUCUGAAGACUCAGCACGCUCUCAUCAAUUACCACUACAUGGACUAUGUUAGUGCCGGAUUGAUUUUUGACCAGAUCAUAAAGCUGGAUCCAUAUCGUUUGGAAGACAUGGACACGUACUCCAACAUUCUGUAUGUGAUGCAGAAAACAUCUAAACUAGCAUACCUUGCACAGUUUGCCUCUGGAGUCGAUAGGUUUCGAGCAGAAACUUGCUGCAUAAUAGCGAAUUACUAUAGUGCCAAACAAGAGCACGAGAAGUCCAUCAUGUACUUUCGCCGUGCGUUGACGCUAAACAAGAAUAGCACAAGCGCCUGGACAUUGAUGGGUCAUGAGUUUGUGGAAUUGAAAAACUCACACGCCGCCAUUGAAUGCUACCGCCGCGCCGUUGACAUCAACCCGCGGGAUUUCAAAGCCUGGUACGGGCUAGGUCAGGCAUAUGAGGUGCUGGACAUGCACCUGUACUCAUUAUACUACUUUCAGAGAUCGUGUGCGCUCAAACCGCUUGACAAGCGCAUGUGGCAGGCGCUGGCUAGCUGUUACGAGAAGGUCGACAGUAUCGAUGAGUCGAUCAGAUGCUAUUCCAGGGCACUUCAGCUGUCUCUCAACAGCAGCCAAGACAUUUCGAUUCUAUACCGACUCGCGAUACUACACGAGCAAAUUAAAGACAUCGAAAGCUGUAGAGGAUAUAUGGUAAAGUGCGUGGAAGCACAAGAGCAGUCAGAUGGUUUAAUAAGUGACGAAAUAACGAAGGCUAGUCUCUGGCUGGCCAGACAUGAAGCAAAACACAAAAAGUUCGCAGAAGCCUACAAAUACGCACUCAAUGUAACGCAUGGAUCUUCUCAAGAGAUCGAAGAAGCCCGUGCUUUAGCUCGAGAGUGCAGAAGACGAAUGGAUUAG